AUUCGCCUCCUGCUCGGCUGUGCAGUGGACAAAUCAUCAAGCCCAACAGUAAUGUUAGUCGCUCUCGGCAGUACCUAGCACACAAUAGCGGUGUGGUGUUCGUUACCCGGUUCCCUUGCCAAAACGCGACACGCCAGCGAUGCCGCGCUAAGAUACACCAACAAGAUCUCGGUGCGUACGCCGUCGUUUCGCGUGACCCUCGCUGCGGACGACAUUUAUUAUUGUUAGCUCCCACUCCGAACCCUGCGUGCGUGUGUUGUUUUGCGGAGUUUCAGUGUGUCUCUUCUCAAGCAACACAGCGCAUCCUUCGGCCACUGUGGGCCGUUUGAAGAUUGUUUCGUUUGCAAAAAGUCCCAUUUUCUGCACCGAACCGCUCGAGAGGCGUGUAAAAGGUACAACGGCAGAGAAAGUGUCGUGAAGAAAGUGGCAUUCCAACGGGGAGGCCAGUGCGUUAUCCGGGUCUGAGAUCAAGUGCCUUCCCUUGUGCCUUGUGUUUGUGUGAGUGAGUGUGUAUGUUCAUGUGAAGAAGUGAAGGAUAAGAUUGGCAGUUUUACAUCCCAAUCCCAAAAAAAAGUCAUUAAUUUUGUGUACUGAUUGCCUGUGCUGUACGGCAACGUGCAAAAAGGGCGUGCAAAGUGCACUUGUCCCCUGCUGGUGUGUGGUAGUGGCUAUAAGUAAGUGAGUGCGUGUGUGUGUGUUUGUAGCGAAGGUAGCCGGAGGCGGCGGUAAAAGCGGCACAACGCGACAACAUGAUACACGUAGGUGACAAUACCUGGAACCUGAAGGUCUACAUUACCGACCUUCAGGUGCAGAAAACGCUGCGUGUCCGGGGCGAUCUGCACAUCGGCGGUGUAAUGCUGCGUCUGGUCGAUCCAGAAAACCCGAAAGAUUGGUCAGACCACGCACUGUGGUGGCCGACCCGGAACCAAUGGCUGACGCGCACCAAGUCAACGCUCGACCAGGUGGGCCUACACGCGGACGCCCUGCUGCACUUCACACCGAUGCACAAAACGUUGCGAGUUCAGAUGCCGGACCUCCGAUACCUAGACUGCCGGGUUGACUUCUCCAUCAAAACGUUCGGUGCGGUGGUCGCACUCUGCAAGGACCUUGGCAUCAGACACCCGGAGGAGCUGUCCCUCUGCAAGCCGCUCGAGCCGAUGCAUUUGAAGAAGAACUACGCCGACCUGGCGAAGAAGAAGAUCCCGAUCGAACAGAAUGGCAACGGGCGGGACUACAUCCAUCUGGCGCCGGACACCAACACGUUCAUCCCGGUCGCUGCCCACAACCUGAACGGUAGCAACGGCAGCCUGGACGGUCCGGUCCACCAGGGACCGUUCUCGUGCGCACCGGUACCGAACGCGCACUUCUCCACGCCGAAACCGGCCCUCCAAAGCACACCGAUCAGCUCACCGACGGGCACACUACGACACGGCCAUGGGUCGGGCAACAGCGAUUCUUCGUCCAGCACGGGCGAUGGGAAUGAAAACCUGGCCUACAGUCCGUACGCACCGAGCCCGGAGGCACGAUCGCGCCUGCUGAAGCCGAAAACGCUGGUCGAGCGGGCGCGCAUGAACAUUAGCUGGCUCGAUUCGUCCCUCUCCAUCAUGGAGCAGGGCAUACGGGAGUUUGAGACGCUCUGCCUGCGCUUCAAGUACUACACGUUCUUCGACCUAAACCCGAAGUACGACCAGGUGCGCAUCAACCAGCUGUACGAGCAGGCCAAGUGGCAGCUGCUGAACGAGGAGAUCGACUGCACCGAGGAGGAGAUGCUGAUGUUCGGCGCGCUCCAGCUGCAGGUGAACAAGCAGAACGAGGUGCCGCAGGCCGACUCGGGCAUCGACACCUCCAGCCUGGACAAUGCGGCAGACGACGACGUCGAUGCGGCACUGCGCGAGCUGCAGAUUACGCUCGAGGGACCGAGUAAUGGGGUGAACGCUGGCGACAUUACCCACAUCCCGGAGCUGACCGAUUAUUUGCGAUUCUUGAAGCCGAAAAAGUUCACCCUGAAGGGCUACAAGCGCUACUGGUUCACGUACAAGGAUCUGCAUCUGCAUCUGUACAAGUCGCGCGAGGACGCGCGCGCCAACAGUGCGCCCCAGGUGACGAUCAAUCUGCGCGGGUGCGAGGUGACGCCCGAGGUCAAUCUGGCGCAGAAGAAGUUCAACAUCAAGCUGGAGGUGCCGCUCGAGCAGAGCAUCAACAGCGAGAUGUGGAUCCGGUGCGACAACGAGGAGCAGUACGCAAAGUGGAUGGCCGCCUGUCGGCUCGCGUCCAAGGGCCGGUCGCUCGCGGACAGCUCGUACGACAGUGAGGUGGCCAGCAUCCGGUCCUUCCUCAGUAUGCAAAAGCCGGCCCAGGCACCGGCCAUCAACAUCAACCCGGGUGAGAUCGAUCCGAGCGAGUAUCUGGCACCGCGGUACGCGAAAAAGCUUAAAAGCAAGGCCAUGAUCCGCAUGCUGGAGGCGCACGCGAACGUGAAGGAUCUGUCGCUGAUCGAGGCGAAGCUGAGCUACAUCCGGGCGUGGCAGAGUCUGCCCGAGUUCGGCGUCACGCUGUUCGUGAUCAAGUUCGACGGGCACAAGAAGGAGGAGCUGCUCGGUGUCGCUAGCAACCGGAUCAUGAAGAUGGACAUUGCCACCGGCGACCAUCUGAAGACGUGGCGAUACAACACAAUGAAGGCCUGGAACGUCAACUGGGAGAUCCGGUGCAUGAUGGUACAGUUCCAGAACGAAACGGUCGUAUUCUCCUGCUUGUCGGCGGACUGCAAAGUGAUACACGAGUUCAUCGGUGGCUACAUCUUCAUGUCAAUGCGUUCGAAGGAAACGAACCAAACGCUCAACGAGGAGCUAUUCCACAAGCUAACGGGUGGCUGGAAUUAGGGAGGUGAAAAAGGGAGGCGCCAAUAAUAUGCCGUUCCCAAAACAAACACACAUACAACCACAGUAUGGCAUGGCGAUGCCUUGGCAUAAUUUUACUUGUUUUACGUGUAAACUUUAAUCUUCGUUUUGACUCUUUUGUUGUACUGUACAUAACAUUAGUUGAUUAGAAAGUAUAGCGUUUACUGUAUAAUCGUGUCCCUCUCCCUAUCCAUAGGGAGGGGAAGAUCCCAAUUAACCCUUUCCGUUUGUAUUCUUUUGAGCCGUUGCUUCGGGAUGAUGUUGUGGCAGUUGGACCAAAGAUCGGCCGGGUUCCAUUGCUGUAUCACAGUUUUCUUUGGCAAAACAUAAAGCUUUUGUUGUCUAACAAAUUUCUGCAGCAACAAGCAGAAGCAAAACCAAUUCGAUUUAGGAUAUGUGCGACACGUGAGCUCGGGCUUGGUGUCUUAGCUCCAGCGUGCGAUUGGAACUAUUUGUGUACGAGUUUUAGCUAGCAAUUGUUAAAAGAAAUAUUGGAAGCAAGCCCGAAGGAAAGCAAAAAGCGAAAAUACAAUCAAAUUGCCUUACUUAUUGAUAAUUAGUAGCGAAAGUUAAAGUAUUGAGACGGCACGGUGAUUACGUCGGAUUUGCCGCAACCAUCCCUAUCAAGCGGGAUUGAACGCGUAACGACAAUCGUGUCCGCGAUAGCCUUCCAAGCGGGAUGUAGUGGAUCCUGUACUGUCUUCCUGUACCUUUCUGCAGGAUAAUCAAGUGACAAAAACUAGAGAGAGAGAAAAAAACGGUGCCUCUUUGCAAAAGGAUAAUGGCUGACGUAGGCUGUAGCAUGCAUCUAUGCCAACGAUGGCAGUGAAUGUGUAUGUGUUUGUUCGUACGUUGUUUAGUAUGUUUGUAAUUGAGUUGGUCCCUUUUUCCUGCCUAAUUUUAACACGCUACUGGUUAACAAAAACUUAACUUGAAACAGCAACAACUUAGUAGACGAACCAGCGAGCGACGCAACUGUCGAAUGUAGACGCACCAAGCCCUUAUCCGAAGCUACUUAACAUGCUUGCACUGGGUGGCACUUAGCGAACAACUUACGCCUGAUUGGUGGAUAUCCACUUACAACUAGCACAAACUAAUUCGCUACCUCCCUUACACUUACCGCUGCUGUACGGGUUCGGGAUACAGAGCGAGGACGCACGCCAGUUCGCAGCGAAAGAGGGGGGGACAUACUGUUUUUUUGUCAUGUGUAAUUCGUUCUUCGUUUCGUAGGCAAACAUGUUAGGACUAAUUUUACUGUUGUACUGAAGCAAUAAAUUCGAUUAACAAUUAAUACCUGA